AAGUAUUGCUACAUUGACUUUAUGAUUGACUUUUACAAUAUUUUUAUGAAGAACUUUGUAUAAAAUACUAUAAUAAUAAUUCUUUGUAGCUAUUUUGUUCAGUUUGAAUAAUGGACGCGAACACAGCAGAAGAUAAUCCUCAAGUUCAAAGUUUAGAACGUUCGGAUCAAAAUGGAUCUCAAGAUUUGAAUCUUCAAAAAAUUUACAGGCAAGGAGAUAAAAUAUAUCAAGCACCAAACGAAAAUAUUACCAUGAUAAAUAAAAAUUUCCCAAAGGUAAUAAACGAAAUGUCAGAAAUUCCUCGUGCUGAUGCUGAAGAAUCAUUCGAAAUUGAUAAAAUCGAAUCUGGAGAAUCGCUCGUUAAGACUUUCACAUUUGAUCAAAAAAUAAGCGAAGAAGAAACCGAAAAGUGCAUAACAUUUUGGCGCAGCGUGGUCGAAAAGCAUUUGGAACCGAUAAAAUGUACCCUCAUAGAAAACACCAAAUCCAAAGCGGACGCUGCCACUCAAAAAAAGUCCACGGCCAAUGGUAAACCCAGAAAAAAAAGUACCUCGAUAGUCAAAGACUCGCUUGAAAGUCAAGUUUCAAAAAGUUAUGAGAAGGGAAAAAAUAAAUGGAACGAGAUAAUACUAGAACUCCAAAAAAAGAAAAUCGCGGAAACGAAAUUACGACUAGAAAGAAAAUGUCGAUUUUGCGGUUAUUUCAAUUCGCCACCCUACGAAUCACAGGAUCCUGAUCAACAGAACAAAGAAAUGAUUACUGAACUGGAUGACUGGAAGCCAAAGUCAUAUUCGAAAUUUUCAAAAAAAGGCUCGAGAUGCGAGCAAUAUUCCGUAUCAUCUAAAAGAAAAAGUACAACGUCAGAACCAACCACGAUUGGAGAAAGUCCUGGCUUGGAGACUGUUCCAGAAACAAACGAAGAAAUUAGAAAAUGCCAAGAGGUAUCAGAGAAACAAAAACUGGAACAAAUAAGACUGGCUUCCUUAAACAUCCAACAUGUCGAUCUGAUUGCAGAAAAGAAAAAAUCCGGAGCAUAUUCACAAUGGAGAAAAAAUAAUUUAGCUCCUUGCGAAUGCAAUCAAGUAAAUUGUGAUUGUAAUACAAAUCCGGCAAUUGAAAAUAUUACAUUGGAUUCAGCUUCGAAGCAAAAUCGGAAAUCAAGUGUAUCAAAAGCAGCUUCUAAACAACAAGAAGUAGUAAUACAAUGUAUUCCAGAAAAAAUACCAGAAAUUGAGGCUCAUCCUAGUCCCAUAGAAGUUUGUGUAGAGUCGUCUGAUCCUGAUUUUUCAACACAAGAAACCAAAAAGGAAUCCAUGGAUCUUUCUAGCAGUAUUAAGCAAGAAUCAAGAAGAGAAGUAACCAUUUCUGUGGAUGGCAAACUUUUGAUUACAUCUCAAGAAAUGCAAGCUGAUGAUGAUGAUGAUGAUAUACCACUGAAAGUUUCGGAGCCACAAACGGAAACAAGCGAUAAUGAACUUAAUAGAGGCAUAUCCCAAACAAAUUCACCUACUAGAUCAAUGCUUUCAGAUCUACACAAAAGAAGUAUAUUAAUAUCAGAAGGAGAUAAACAACGUAAGAGAAGUAAUUAUUCUGGCAGAUCUGCGAGAUCUUUGUCUGUUAUGAUACAAUGCACCUGUAGCUAUGAAAACUGCGAUUGCAGAGGUGCCAUAAAGGAGAGUGAUCCACCUCCAAAUUGGUUUCCACCUCUAAUGCAUUCCCACCAUGAUUCAUCCCAUAAGGGGUCUUUUCAUCACAACAAACAUCAGUUUAAGAAUGAGAUAUAUGCGAUGUCUAUCUGUGUUAGGAUGUCAUAUUAUUGCCAAAAAUUAAUUUCGCAGCUCCCAGAAAAAUCAAUAUUAUCUGAUGAAGAAAUUGACAUACCAAAACCACCAAAGUCUCAAGCAAGCCUACGAAGAGUUAAUUCUCUAGAGAUCAUCAAGAGAAGAUUAAGUUCCGCAACUGCAGUUUCAGAUACACAGGCUUCUCCAAAAUUUGGAGCUUCAAAAUCUGAAUUGUCAAGACGUGGAUCAGAAGCAAAAAGUGUUGAUUCUUUGGAAAUCGUUAGGCGCAAAUUAAGCAAAAUAUCUCCUGACAAAAAAGAGGAUGAUGAGCAGGAUGAGGAAGAAGUGGGUUCAUCGAGAUCUCGUACUGUAUCAAUCUCAUUUAACGUUUGAAAGUUCUUUACAUCUCGAAUAUGAAAUAAAUAGAUGACUACAUAUACCUAGUUAGAA